AUGACAAUGGGUUUGUCUCGCUUCUCACGAUCUCUCAGCAAGAGUUCCGAUUCCUUCAGUUCAUCGUGUCCUUCACGAAGUGAGAUAUCCUCUCUAAUCAACUUUUCAGAAAAGCGAUUGGGUCAUAGUGACGCCUACGGUUUGGGUGGCCCCUGCUUUGCCCUCCACAGGCCCUCCACAGGCCCUCCACAGGAUUCUAUUCUACCCGCUGGAACGUCGGGAUCUCACACCAGGUCUACCACCAGCCAGCAUCCUCAGACGCAAUUUAAUGAUGCUUCGCUCUCGCUCGCCGGCUCACCUUUAUGAUUUCAUCUUGUCCUCAGGAAAGCCCACCUUGUCCCUCCAUGUCACUUCUUGAAUUAGUGUUUUUCUUCCUGAACAUUUUUCAAAAGUGCGGGUCCCCUGAACUCAUCCCUAAGUUUUAAGUUAAGGCGUUUUUUUGCUACUUCAAAACUUUGCCUACUUUAAACACCGGAAUUCCGAAAUUUUAAUCUUCUUCCGGCUGCUCACAUAGAAGAUUACUGUGUACACGGUUAAUCUUUUGCCAAACGACUAAGUGCUAAAUUUUGUUUGGACGGUGCAUAUUGGGGCUUAAAAAUAAAAAUAUUACUGCUAUUAUUAACAUUCUGCCUUGUAUCAGCUAUGUCAAUAAUACUUUUGCACAAAUCGUCGACAGGAACGUUGGCAUUGUAAAUACAUAUGCCCGUCGAAUGGUCAACUAUCCAAGUCUGGACGUCGUAAAGCCACCGGAUGUAGCAACACUUGUCAUUUAGAAGAUUGCAGCAGUUGUUAGUUACUUAUGCGAAAUACCCCACUCCGAAUAAGUAAAACCCUGGUAUAUUUCAAACUGUAGCGUGGGCUUCCACAGAGGAACAUUUUGAUAAUCAGAUGAUCUUGUUGGCGGGGUUGUUGCCCAUUGACCUGAUUGCCCACUGUCUUUCUGUUUCACACCUAAUUAUCCACCUCGAGUUCCCAAUAUGUGCAAAUUCCUAAAGAAAAUCGUCUUGAAAUUCUUAAAUUUGUAAAUUUGAGACUGGGCUACUCAAUUUAGACGCCGACUGAUUUCGAGAAUGUUAAGCGAUUGAAUUGUUUUACUCUCCCGAAAGUAAGCCACACAUUCGAGCCCUCGAAGAGGUAGAGGAUUGGUGUCAAGGUUUUUCUGUUUGGUUUUUUACUGUAUUGGUGUUAUCAGAAGGUAUAAGGCUUGUUGAUACUAACAUGGGGUCGAAUUAAGUUGGAAGCCUUACUUCUUCGGAUUUCGCAGCCUCAUCUAUAAAUUAGGUAUACUUGACAGGUCUUUGGAUCCAAAGGCCUGCACAGGGCGUAUUUACAUAGCCUGUGCUACUGGAGUGCUGCAUGCCAUAGAAAGUCCUGGGUGUAUACCGUCAAACGAAUUUUAGGUUAUUCGCGUCUUGAGUUUGACACGAAGGUUAAACAAGAUGUGCAUUGUCUUUAUUCAACAAGCUUUUAGUGGGUCCCUCAAACUUUAUAGUCUUAUUUACGAUGUUAAUUUUUUGAGACGAUUGAUUUGUAACGCCGUUAUUCGAGACAAAACAGAGCGUAGACGCCAUAGCAGUGUACCCAGGGACUUCAGUCGCUCGUCUGAUUGGAUUCAUUUAUCCGUUACCUAGGUAAAAUGAAACUUCCUCACUUCGGUUCUCCAUGGGAGUACCGGACUGAGAAUAGACUGAAUAAAGUUGUUAGAUAAGCUACCGUACUCAUUCAGAUGAAUAAGGUAGAAGGAGAUUUAGUUGAAUGUAAGAGAUGUACUUUUAGCAGAAAUGGAAUUCGAACAUAUAAAACGACCACUGUUAUUAAAAAAGGCGGAUACAUACUCGAGAGUUCCAGGGUGAUAAUCUCAGAAAGACAAAUUGUUAGCCGAAACAGAUUUCUCGCAUGCUGGCGUUUCUCAGAACUUGGUGGGUUCUUCAAUGUCAAAGAAUUUAGUCCCGAGAACCGGCUAUAAUUUUAAAUAACUGACCGAGUUAGUCGGCCCUGAACUGAGGAGUUUUUACUUCUCGGUGCCUUAGCCAAUUGGCAACUUUUUAGUGGCUUGGCGGCCGCCUACUUUACGCGUCAUCACGUCGAUGAAGGAAGGUUGAAAUUCUUCGUCCCCUUCGGGUGAGUUUGUCGUGGGAUCGUGCCUGCUCGGUGUGACCAUCUUACUUUGGUCCUUAUGCGUAUAGUGGCGCGGGACUUUAUAAGCCACCUGAAUAUCUAAAUGCUUGUUGACAGAGUUACCACCUGAAUUCCAUGUCUCAAGCGUGGGUCGUUCUGUUUUUGAGGUGCCUCGGUCUAAGAUGGUCCUUUAUUGAAGGGCAGGAGUGUGGCCAGUCUUUGAUAUGUGCGGCAGGCUGUGAGUUCGGGUCUAGCCUCCGAGUUUCCAGCUUAUGCUCAUGUAAGCGGGUCUCCAACUCUCGCUCGGUUUCUCUGGCGUAGUUGCGGUCUCCACCAUUGCAACAUAUUUGGUAGACAACCGCCGGUUUUCGGUAGAUGACAGCCUGUUCUUAUGUUGAAUCGCACGACCAAUUGUUGCCUGGGAUCGGUGGACUAUGCUAACUCUGGCGUGUUUUAACAUUAGAGAGACCGCCUCGGUGACCCGUUUUAUGUAGGGAAUGGGCCUCCUGAUUUCAUGUUGCUGAUCUUUUGAUUGUCGUUUAUUCACGUGGCGCUUGCGUGGCCAGAUGAAAUAUCUCCGAAGAGAUCAUGAAAGUGUAGUCAUCUGGAUAAGUUGUGAUACCGUCACGCCCGCUUAACCACCGGCGGAAUGUGCAACCUCGUGUCCAACUACAGAGAGGACCCUGGAGGAUACUGAUUUGUAAUGAGAUACCAAGUAAGUCUGCAGCGAACGUCGGUAGGAGGGGAUGUCAGCAGUUGUGCAGGAAGGGGUACCGGACAUCUUUACCAACACACGAUCAUACCAUUCCUAUCAUGGAUCCACGCCAAAGGCGUUCGAACAGUCUAAACAGCUCCGUCAGAUUUGAUUGUGCACUACACCUGUGUAAAUCAUAUUCUUAUAAACAGGUCAAUACAACCAUUAGAUUGGCCUACAUUGGACACUAUCGUACGCUUGUCGGCCGAUCUUGCUCGAGAAUGACGCCCAGAUUUUGGACAGGCACACAUUCUAGAGCUCUGCCAUGCCGUUUUCAGCCACAAUGUAAGUAGUUUUCCGUCUGCCCAAAAGACUUCUGCCGCCCCCCUUCCAAGUUUCGGGGAGUUUUCAAAAGAUGUGCGACUUGUUAGUCGGACACCAAACAUGCAGGGCAGAGCUGUUUUGAAGUCAUCACAAUCAGUCUUGUGACCAUAGGUUGUGGAACAGGGUGUGUUCUACGACAUCGAAGCAACUGAACUCAGCCUGACAGCAUUAUAUUACCCCUCUAUAGACUUCCGUAAGACCUAUAAAAUUGCGGAAAAUUUCUUCCAAAAUGGCUACCUUAGCACUUUGUCAUGUUAUAUCGUCUGUAAUUUAUUGUUGAAUUUCACAGUCAUGGCUUUGGAUCACAUUCUGUCUCUUAAGCUUACAUACAUGCUCAAAUUUCCUCCCGAAUGUUUCAGUCAGACGCAUUCUGUUUUCGAUUCUCACAUAUUUGUCUGCCUUCUAAAGUUUCAGCAUGUCAUAUUUUCAGGAACCAAUAUGCCACUCCUCAGGGGCGGUCGUUACGCUGUUACGCGCACCAAAAAGUACCUAGAUGCGGGACGCAUAAUAUUUAGAGACAAUAUCAAGGUUUUGACCAUAAACACCCUCUCAAAAGGCGAGAUCUCGGAGGGCGCCCGCGAAUUCAUUCGCUGGUACCUGCCCCAGCUGCAGUACAAGAAUCCAUCAGUACAGGUGGGUCCACAUGACCGCCUUCAGUUACCGCAUCCUUCUCCCAUAGAUUAUUACAUUCCAAGACAUCUGCCCCACCCCAUCGCUACAGUUCUAUCUGGCUGAUGGACGCGAUUACACCAUGGAUUGCUCCUUUCGCUCAGCUGACAGUAUCGAGGCCCAUAUUGCUCGAGUCUGUGCGAAGACCUCCGAAACACUAAAGAUGGAGGAAGUAGAGAAACAACAAUUGGUCAAUCCAGCCAACUUUGGCACAAAGUAUGUGGCAAAGGGUUUAUGUACCAGCGCUUUCUUUACCACUCAUUUGUCUGGUGUGACUUUUUUUUAUAAGCAGCAAAUCCCACCACCACACAGUUUUUGUUUGCUUGCGAUACCGUCGGCAAUUUCUCAGUAUCCUCGUUGCCGCCUCGACUGUCAUAAAUGAUGGCUCAGCGAGUCACCAUGUUCGCAACUCGCCGCUCGGUAUGUGGUCGUUAUAUGAGGACUUGGGAAUUCUAAGUAGGGCGAUUUGUUGCUACAUUAUGGGCUUUGACCACACAGGGACUUCGUAAAGUACCAUUUGAUCUGAAAGCGAACGCGUCAUGCCGUCAUGCUUGUAUAAGAGCAACUAAACUCUCGCACUGCCAUAUAUUGCCGAACCAUGGCUGUCUGUCGCCUAUGAAUAUCCAGCACCAUUCCGCCUAAUGCGAUUCCUUUUAGGACGAAUAAGCAACGACUGAACUGACACUCGCAACCUGCCCAACAUGCUGAUCUUGGGAACUUUAGGCUGCGCCUGUCUAACUGUGCUCUUUUUCAGCGCGUCUCCCCGUGGGCUGAGUGAACACCCUCUAGUACUUUUUCGCUUUACAUAAUCUCAUAUUUCGCACGGCAUUUUGUCUUCUAUAUGUUUCUGUUUCCUCCCAGGUACCCUCGUCAGUGCAUGUGUGAGGUGUAUGGUCAAGCACCCUGUUCCUCACAACAGGGCAAACCAAAACCCUGGCCAGGACAGGAGCCCACGUAUCCACCUCAUGCGGAGACAUCUUGA